UGCUAGAACCAAUCCUUGAACCAAUCUGGCAACCCAGCCUGGCGCUCUGAAUGAAGGUGAAAGUGAAAGUAGCCGCUGCUUCUUCCGCUCUGGACGCUACAGUGGAGAGUCGUGUGUGUGCAGCGAUACGACUGUAUGAAGAGCAGCGAAGGAGGAGAUAAAGAGAUAAAAUGGCGGCUGAAAGAAACAAUGAGUUUAAACUCUUUGGUCCCCGUGGUGAUGGAGAGUAUCACUCUGGCUCUGUGGUCACUCUCUCCUGUCACCUGUCUCCUGAAAUCAGUGCAGUUGCCAUGGAGAUCAGGUGGUUUAAGGGGACGGACUGUGUUUGUCUCUAUAAGAACAGGCAGGUGACAGAGGGGAGGGGCUACGAGGGCAGAGUGAGUCUGUUCACUCAGGAGCUGCAGGGAGGAAACGUCUCCUUACAGAUCAGAGACUUUGGAGAGUCAGAUGAAGGAGAUUAUCUGUGUCAGGUCACCAAUGGAGACACAACAGAGGAGUGUACAGUAGGAGUGAAGGGAUCGUGGGUAUUUGGAGCACAGAGAGAAAUAGAGGGUUUCUACGUCUGGCAGAGGGACAGAAAAUGGACAGAAGAGGAGAGAAAGAAAAUGAAGGAGUCUGUUCUGCUGACCGAGUCCUCAGAAGAGCCCAAACGUUAUGAAGAUAAAGAGAGUAUUUUAAUGGAGAGAAACGCACAGCUGAUGGAAAAAGACAAACACAUUCAAGAGGAAGAAAAACUUCUGACCAAAAACACAGAGAUACUUCAGAUGAAGGACAAGAUGCUGGAAGAGAAAGAAACACUCCUCACAGAGACAAAAGAAAAACUGGACCAAAUGACCAAAGAGACUCAGACACAGCUUAAAGAUAAAGACUCACAGCUGGACACUCUGAGAAAAGAACUGCAGGACAAGAGCAGCAAAGUACAGGAGAUGAUGAUCCUUCUGGACCAACAGAGAACUGAACUCAGCCGUCAGCAGAAAGAGUUAGAAGAGAAAGAUCAACAACUUAAACACACAGCACAACAGAAUUCAGACCUACAGACUGAAACUGAAACACUGAAAACGCUCAUUUCAUCACAGACGACUGAUUUAACUGAAAAGACCAAACAGCUUAAAGAAACAAAACACAUUCUCUCUGAGAGAGACAGACAGCUAAUGGAGAGAGAAGAACAAGUGGAGGAGAAAGACAGACUGACAGAAAACACAACAACACUUCAGAUGAAGGAGAAGAUUUUAGAAGAGAAAGACAAACUUCUCACAGAGACACAAGAUGAACUGAGACAAACAACAAAGACCUUAGAGAGUCGUAGAAAACAAAUGGAGGAAAUGGAGAAAAGACUUGUGGAGAAAGAUGAAGAAUUAAAAGAAGAACUGAAAGAUAAAGACAGGAUUCUAAAAGAACAUUUAGAGACAAUUGAUAAGAGAGAUUCAUUAUUAAAGGAAACUAAUGAAAGAUUAGAAAGUGUUAAUAAACAGCUUAAAGAUAAAGACUCACAGCUGGAGAAUCAGAUCAAACUGCUGAGAGAGAAAGAGACUCUACUGGAGGUCACAGUGAAAGAGGUGGAGGAGAAGGAGAGACUUCUAAGAGAGAGAGACACACAGCUAAUGGAAAGAGAGCAGCAGGUUGAGGAGAAAGACAGACUUCUAGAGGAGAGAAACAAGCAGCUGCAGGAGAGAACAGAUCCAGACUCAGCAGCUCCAGACAGGAGGAGGAACAGCAAAGAGUUUUUACCUCCACUCUUGAAUGAAGAGACUCCACAGUCUGCAGCACCACUCAGGAGAAGAAACAGUCUGCAGGGACUUCCUCCACAUAUGAGUGGAGAGUCCUCUAGUUCAGCCUCUCCAGAGUCAGUUCCUGUAGCAGAGCUCAGGCUGGUGCUGCUGGGGAGGACUGGAUGUGGGAAGAGAGCAGCAGGAAACACCAUCCUGGGCAGAGAGGAGAGGAGCCAGGCUGGAGCGUCUACAGUGAGGCAGCAGAGUGAGAGCAGACAGGGGGAGGUGGCUGGGAGGCAGGUGACUGUGGUGGACACUCCUGACUGGUUCUGUCCUGGGCUCUCUCUGGAGGAGCUGAGACGGGACGUGGGACUCUGUGUCCGUCUGUCCGCCCCAGGACCCCACGCCUUCCUCCUAGUCGUACCAGUGAAGCAGUCUACAGGAGAGGAGAGAGGCAUGCUGGAGAAAAUGGAGGAGAUCUUUGGAGAGAGAUGUUGGAGGAACACCAUGAUCCUUUUCACUGUUACUGAUGAAGCCCAAGAGAAGAACAUUGAAGAGUUUAUCCAGUCAGGAAACCAGGAGGUCCAGAGACUCGUAGAGAAAUGUGGGAACAGGUUUCACUGUCUCAGCAUUAAGGAGAGCGGAGAAGGUGCUCAAACCUUAGAGCUGCUGGAGAAGAUAGAGAAGAUGGUGGAAGGAAACAGAGAGAAACUCUACAGCAGUGAGAUCUACCUGGAGACACAAUCUCAGAUCAGAGAGAUAGAGAGAAGAAUUGUGAGAGAACGAGAGGAGAUGAGAGAGAGACAAGAAAGAGAAACUAGAGAGAAGCUGGAGAGAUGUGUACAGGAGACUUUUAUAAAGUUUACAGAAUCAACUGCUGACUUUCAUACCAGAAUAAAUCAGCAUGAAGAGCGAAUAACUAAACUAGAGGGAAUGUUAAAAGAGGAAAGAGACGAGAAGAGAAAGGUAGAGCUGGAGAGAGAGGUGGAGAGAGAGACUCAGCAGAGGAAUGAGGCUCAGUUGGAGCUACAGAGACUGAAAGAAGAGACUGAAAAGGAGAGGAGAGAGAUGGAGGAGAGACACAGACAGGAGAUGGAGGAGAUCAGGGAGACGUAUGAAGGAGAAGCCAAGAUGGAGGCAGAGAGGAACCUCAUGAAGAUCUUCCUGCCUGAACUCCAGCAGAGAAUCUGGGAAGUCAUGACAAAGCAACAGAAAGAGUUUGAUUGUAGGAUGGAUGAAAAGGAGAGAGAGAUAGAAACAAUGAGACUCAGAGUGAGAGAAAUUAGAACCACUUUACUGAAAGAGCUCCAUAACUAUAGAGGAGGAGCUGCUCAGGAGCAGAAGGAGGUCAGUAGGAGACUCUCAACAUGCUGAGAGAGCUUCUUUACUGCUGGACAUACAGACUGGACAGUAAAGGCCUGUCUGUUACUGUCUGUUACUGUAACGUCACUGAUACUGAGAUGCUUUUUGUACAUAGAGUGAGUUUAUCUUUUAUAUUAUAGCUCCUGUGUCAGAUUCACACACAGACACACUUUGUCAUUAACUUAAUCAGUAAAAAUGAUGUUUAGGUGUUGAGGGUCUUGUAAAAAUCCACUGUAUAAUCUGUGUGAUAGAUACAGUAAGAGAGUGAUCUGAAAACUAAGGUUCCUGUGGAAUCAGGUCUGGACUUCACUACCUCAUGCACCAUUAUGUCUGUAGCUCACGUCUUUAUAUUCAGUCAGUCACAUUACUGACUGAUUAAACUGGUACAGUAAAGCAGUCAGUAGAGUCACAGCUGUGUUCACUGUGGUAAUGUAAUGCAGCAUUAACUCAGCAGUUGAUGGUUCUGCACUAAUCAGGGACUUGACUGUUGAUUGUUUUCCACUGCAGUCUUUUUUAAUUUAACCUUUCAUUUAUAAUAAAUAGGUUCUCCAGUGUGCAAUAUUACUGAUUUAGGAAUAUAUUUUGUGCAUGUAAUAAUACAAAUUAUUAUUAUUUUAUUUAACAUAAUCUAGUAUACAGCAUAAUCUAGUAUACUAGUACAGUGACACAUUAACGAACGUCAGACAAGGUUUGCUAACAUCAGCUCUGUGAGAUCAGCAGCAUGUCAGUGGAAAAGUGGGCUUAAGCCAGAAAUAUACUUUACUCAAGGAUGUGAACACAAAUGACACAAAACUCCUGGCCAAAGCGCUGCAAAUGCUCAGGCCUGCUGUCCGAACUCGACAUGACGUUUUAAGUUACUGUUGCGGUUAAAACACUAAGUACCCUGCUAGAAAAAGCAGCCCACCUGACUAAUACCUAGACCUUAGGGUAGCGUAAAGGAGAGUGGGACUAAUACUCAAAUAUUUAGGAAAUGUACCUGAAGAGAUUAAGUUAUUACUUUUCAGAUUAAAACAUUUUUUUUCCAAAGUUUAUGCUUAUCCAGUGGGAUAAGUGGACAUAACCAUGAAUGCUGUCUGUGUGAGAAUGUAAACAUGGCACUGCCAUGUAAAACUGACCAUAAACAGAUCGCCAGCUUAACAGCAGCUUCAGCUGUUUAUGCAGUAAAAACAAACUGAAACUGCAAAGUUCACAGGCAGUCUGAAGUCUCAUAACGGCUAAGGGUGAAUGAAUAUGAGCUGGAUUUUUUAGAAAUACAGUUCAUGAUACUCUAUGAAAGUCACACCACAGAUUAUCACUAAAUUAACCCAGAUUAAACAAAGAAAAGCAAAGAAUGUCUGAUUAGUAAUGAUGAAAUGAGCAAUGCAAUUUUGAAAAAUAUGCGAAUGAGUGUGGAGACAUCUUUUGGAUGUGUGUGUUCAUUCUCCUGUUUUGGUUCAAGCGUGCAUGCAUGUCUGAACGUAAUGUUUUAAUUUGUGGAUAUAAUACAUUUAAAUCCUCCUUCUGUGGUGCAGUUUUUAUAUUGUGAGUGAAGACUUUCAGUU